AUGCCGUGCUCACUACGCCGUCCACGGAGACACGACCCGCAGAACAACGCAACGCCGGAGCGAGUAAAUAAUAGAAGAUCCAAGAACAUGGUGGCCGAACACCUUACUAUUCGCAAUGUCACCUCCACGCCCAUUACACUGAAGCGCAUUGAGCGCUUCCGUGCCCCCGAUAGAUCGCUUGGGGUUCAAACUUUUGCAAAGAAUUUCACACGGGUCUUGACCAAUACGACCCGUGCGAAUGCCCCAGUUGCUGCUGUGAACGAUGAUACGAAGCCUUUUGCAGAGAAAGAAGUUGACAUUCAUGUCGCGCCCUUCGAGUCAGUCCAGACAGAGCUUCGCUCGUUCAUCGAGUCCGAGAAGGAACGUUUGCGCUGGGUCUUUGAGGUGGAAGGAGAACGGCAUCAAAUCCAGACCCCAGUGCCCACCACUGAGACUGCCACCAUGAAGGCACUGUGUGACAACCCCAAGUUCAAGCUCACGGGAAUCUACAUCACCGCCGCUUCCCAUCUCACCAUAUUUUCCUCCGCCAAUCUGAAUGCCUGGAUGGGCGAACUGAAGGAUGACACCUUGCUCUCCUCUCUUUCAAUUCCAGGCACGCACAACUCCCCAACCUGCCAUGUUGCAGCACCAUCUGUUCGUUGCCAAGCGGUCAGCCCCAGGGAACAGCUCAGGAACGGGGUGCGAUUCUUUGAUAUCCGUGUGCAGCCUCAAUAUCCGGAAGAUACGUCUAAAGAGGAGCUUAUCCUCGUACACAGCGUCUUCCCCAUCUCACUGACCGGCAACAAAUACUUCCGGGACUUGAUGCACGAAGUGAACGACUUCCUGGAGCAAAACCCGUCCGAAACACUCAUCAUCUCUCUCAAGCGUGAAGGUCCCGGAAACCACACCGACGAACAGCUAAGUAGAAUCGUCAACGACCACUACGCCCGUCCAGGAAGCAGAUGGUACACGGAACCAAAGAUCCCCACCCUAGGCGAAGUACGUGGAAAGGUUGUUCUUGUCCGUCGGUUCGAAAUCCUCGAACAUCUGAAAGACAUCCAUGAUGGCAAAGGAUGGGGUAUCAACGCCAGUGGCUGGGCCGAUAACUGCGCCAGUGCCACCUGCCCCAGUGGACAGCUUUGCAUCCAAGAUUUCUACGAGGUCCUGGAGACCACGAACAUCGAUAAGAAGAUCGAAUACGUGACCGAGCAGUGCGGACGCGCAAGCAAGACUCAGUACCCGUUUGGGGUGCUUCCAGGGCCCUUGGCUACGCGAGCCCAUCCGUUCUACAUCAAUUUCCUGAGCGCCAGCAAUUUCUGGAAGGUCGGAACGUGGCCUGAGAAGAUUGCUGCUAAGCUGAACCCUGCCACUGUUGAGUAUCUGUGCAGGAAGCAUGGAGAGGGUGAUGGUGAUUGGUCUACUGGUGUCCUUGUCACGGACUGGGUAGGCUUGGAUGGCGACUGGGAUCUUGUACGAUGCAUUGUGGGGUUGAAUUCUCGGCUGCUACACAGGCAGUUGAUGCAUGCAGAGCAGAGCGAGCAGAGCAAUGGCAACAAUUAA